CUCUCUUCUCUCUCUCUCUUGAUCACAGUCUAACAUUAACAAAGCGAGAGAGCAGAGAGAAGGAGAGAGGGAUGAACAGAAAGUGAUAGAGACACUGAGCAAGUGUGGACCACUUUUACAAUUCAUUCAUCUACCAGUUUUACUUCUUUCGUCCUUCAUUCAGGGUUGGAGUGGUCUGGAUGAUAGAAGGAGAGGGUCAGUGUUUUCUCACAGGUGACAUUUAAUGUAUGAGAAUCUGACCAUGCUGAACUUACAAAACGGCUCCAACUGGACUGGCCCAAAUAACUGGUACCACCCGGCUGACACCAUCACCCCUCAACACGGAACAGAUGGUUGUGUGGAAGAUCUGAAUGUGCAGAUGGCCGGAGCAGGGGAAGGAGUGGUGCAGGGAGAGAGGGAUGAGGUGGACGAGUCGCAGCUACACCUGCAGCUAAAGAGGAAGCUGCAGAGGAACCGCACCAGCUUCACCCAGGAGCAGAUCGAUGCCCUGGAGAAAGAGUUUGAAAGGACUCAUUACCCAGAUGUCUUUGCUAGAGAGAGACUGGCCGCAAAGAUUGAUCUUCCAGAGGCUAGAAUUCAGGUAUGGUUCUCCAAUCGGAGAGCUAAGUGGAGAAGGGAGGAAAAGCUGAGAAACCAAAGGAGAUCAGGAGGCACCAGUUCCUGUUCUCAGACACAUACUCCCUUGAGCACAUCCUUUAACUCCCCUGUAUAUCACUCCCAUCAUAGCAACAGCUCAGGCUCAAUGCACAGUCGGAGUGAUUCGUCUCUCUCAGCCUAUAGCUCUCUGUCUGUCUUCUCCAGUAUGCAGUCUUUGCCCUCCCAGUCAACUCCAACUUACUCUUGCAUGUUACCUCCUUCUCCUUCUGCCCUUCCCCCUCUUUCUCGCAAAUUUGACUCAUCCUACACCUCUCCCCACCUUCCGCCCCCACCCACGGCGAGCACAAACACAGGAUUCUUUCCCGGUGUUUCCGCAGCAGGGCAGACUGCAGUUCAAGGCGGCGAUCAGGAGCUGGGACAAGGUCUGAGUCAGUACUGGACAAGACUGCAGUAAACAACUCUUACAACCUUAUCAUUAUCAGACAAAACCAGCAGAGCUUCAAUCAGCAACUUUGAGCAAAAUAUUCAACAACAAAAAACCCUACUUAUUUAGAUGAUUUACACAUCAGGGAAGCAGACUAUGUAAGCCAUAAUCCUGUAUAAAAAAAGAAAAAAAAAGAAAAGAUGUGGACCUCACAGACCUGCACAGGUGGAAGAGAAAAUGGACUCCAGCAUUUUUGACCUGCACCUUUAUAGGCCUAGUCAGCACCAUGCCAGACAUUAACACAAUGCCAUUCUCAGAUAUUGGUGGUAAAACAGUACACAUCUAAAAAUGCCUCAUGUUUAUGCAACAAAAAUGUAUUGUUUAAUUGAUGUGCCAAUUACAAUCAGUAUGACAGAACAUGUGACCAAAAUGAGGAUGUUUUAAAACUGCAUUUGUAGUUAUACACUGCUGUUUAAAAGUUUGGGGUUGGUAAGAUUUUUUUAUUUAUUUAAUUUAUUUAUUAAGUCUGUUUUGCUCACCAAGGCUGCAUUUCUUUGAUCACAAAUACAGUAAAAACUGAAGUUUUGUGAAAUAUUAUUACAAUUUAAAAUGUUUUCUAUUUAAAGGAUUAGUUCACUUUCAAAUGAAAAUUACCCCAAGCUUUACUCACCCUCAAGCCAUCCGUGUUUAUGACUUUCUUCUUUAUGAUGAACA